UCACACUUCCAGGCAAUCCAUUCUCCACCCUAAUUAUCUGCUGGAAUCUUCUUAUACGUCGUGCGAUAAAGACAUGCAAGUUCUUUCGAAAAUAAAACUUAUUAAUUUAACAACUGCACUACAUUUAAGACCUAAUUCUUCAGAGGUACACAGCUAUCAAUUAAAUGUUGCUUGCACUGUUUGUCUUUGCCUCCUGUUGAAGCAACGACACACAAUUAGGAACAAAAAGGUGCCAUGCUCCCGAUGUCAAUCCAAGAGAAGGUGGUUUCCGCUUCCGAGUGAAAGGUGACAGUUUGUCAGAGGCCGAUGGGGAGGAGGAGGUGGUGCUCGUUGCCGGUCUCAGUCACAGCUGAACAAAAGCUGGCGCCUGGCCCAGUGUCGUGCAGUUUUCCGGCUCCGGGCCAGGUUUCCGGUCGGUUUCCGUUUGUCGCCCGGGAGCGGCGGCAGCCACACGCGGCUCACACGCGCCCGUUGUUUUGUCCCCGAGCGCGGGAGGAAGAAGCGCGCGCCUCAGGGUCAUGGAUUUUCCAGGGCAUUUCGAACAAGUCUUCCAGCAGCUGAACUAUCAGCGGCUUCAUGGGCAGCUCUGUGACUGUGUGAUAGUUGUUGGGAGCCGUCAUUUCAAAGCCCAUCGCUCUGUGCUUGCGGCAUGCAGUACCCACUUUCGUGCCCUCUUUACUGUUCCAGAGAGUGAUCAAUCACUGAACAUGGUUCAGCUCGACAGUGAAGUAGUUACAGCCGAAGCCUUUGCCGCCCUUGUUGAAAUGAUGUACACAUCCACGCUGAUGCUCGGAGAGAGUAACGUUAUGGACGUGUUGCUGGCAGCUUCCCACCUUCACCUGAAUUCAGUCGUUAAGGCUUGCAAACAUUACUUAACGACGAGGACUGUACCCAUGUCUCCUACAAGCGAAAGGCUUCAGGAGCAAAAUGCUCGGAUGCAGAGGUCCUUUCUGCUUCAGCAGUUGGGUUUGAGCUUAGUAAGCUCUGCCCUCAGCUCCAGUCAGGGAAUAGAUGAGCAAGUCAAUGUGAACUCAUCACUCCGCCAUCACUUGGAGGAUCAGUCGACUGCAUUUCCUGUCCAGCGGUUGCAGAAAAGGAAGGCCAUUCCUGAUGAAAGAUCAAAGAAAAGGAUGAGACCUUCCGUGGAUGAGUCUAUCAUCACUGAAGAAACAUCAGAAAAUGGACAAGCUGUAGUGCACACAUGUGAGGAAUUAUUUACACCAGACUCCCUGAAGCUGGGAGAUGGUUCUAAAACUGAUGUAGCUGUUGAAAACAAUGUGGAAAGUGCUAUCAUAUUUGAGCAGGCCUUCAGCACUCCAGAAGAUAACCAGAUGCCCAGUCAGUCAGAUAACAGUGCAGUAGGCCAUUCUCAAACAUCCAUGGCUUCUCAAGCGGUUCACGUUGAAACUGCUUUUAAUCAAGAUUCCGCUAAUGAGAAGUCAGAUUUCCACUCUGAGAGCACGGAACUUCACGUGAAUGGAAAUGAGGAGCAGGUCCGAAUUGUUGUGAAAGCUGAACCAUUGAGCUCACCUGAUCCCCAGGAUGAGGCCAGUGAUGUUGCCUCACAGGCUGAAGGUAGCGAGUCGGUAGAGGUGGAAGGAGGGAUGCCUGGCGCAGAAAAACUGGAGCUUAGCCCGGAGAGCAGUGACCGGAGUUUCUCUGAUCCCCAGUCCAGUACCGACAGGGUUACAGACAUACAUAUGCUAGAAUCUGCAAACACUGACUCAAAAACUCCAUUUCACAUUUCCACCUUUUUAAAUAAGACCCGAACAAAUAGCUACAGUGGAGGUCAGAACAGUAAUGACAACAUUCCGAACACAACAAGCAAUGGCAGAAUAGAAAAUGAGGCUACUUAUUUAAUGGGUUCGGUGCCUGGCAUUUCUGUCGGUCCCAACUCUUCAAUUGCAGCGGCUCGAUUGGAGAAUCCAUUUACUGAUGGUUCCGAUACUCAUACUCAUUUUAUGCGACCCAUGCAUGACUUGCUGGGCCUGUCCUGUGGGCAGCCUUCCAGCUACAAAGCUGGGGGAGAACCAUUCAGAUUAGAUUUUCCUAGACCUAGUUCUGGAUUGCAUUCAUUAUCCAGACAAUCUAUCAUUUCAUCACGAGGAGGAGCCAGUAGUUUCCCAGGAUAUCGUCGCAUUGCCCCUAAAAUGCCCAUUGUUACCUCAGUUGGAGAUGCAAGCUCUGUUUCCCAGGAUAUUGGCUCAAACUCCCAGAUCCGAAUGUUGAACAGUACCGUUUCUGCUUUUGAGAAUAAUCAUUCUUUGCAGUCAGGUCCUCCCCAGCUGACCCGAGCAUCGGCAGACGUGCUUUCGAAGUGUAAGAAAGCCAUGUCAGAACACAAUGUUUUGGUAGUGGAAGGUGCCCGUAAGUAUGCCUGUAAAAUCUGCUGCAAGACUUUUCUAACAUUAACAGAUUGCAAGAAACACAUCCGUGUCCACACAGGAGAAAAGCCCUAUGCUUGUUUAAAAUGUGGGAAAAGAUUCAGUCAGUCGAGCCACUUGUACAAGCAUUCCAAAACAACCUGCUUGAGAUGGCAUGGCAGCAGCCUGCCAACAACUCUCCUUUGA